AUGACAAUUUGCGCCUAUGAAUGCUUUUGGGGUGCCCUUUACGCCGAGAUAAAGUUUGUCCAAAAACCCGGAUUCUUCGUCCAUCAGUGGAACGUUCGAUUGGCAGAUAUCAUCCCGACCGAAUUUUGUGUCUUGAUCUUCGGCGUCUUCUACUCGAUUGCACUGCCGAUGCCGAAGGCAGCCAUCCUAAUCAAAUGGUGCCGCAUGUUCGCUCCACAAGGCCGCCGAUCUGAAGCAGGUGAUCUGAUCUCUCAAGAUGACGUGGCAGAAGCGGUUGGUGCCUGCAUUUCGGCCGCCUUCCGACUUUCCACAACGAUCAUACACGGCCGAGUCGCAGACGCCACCCGGACCCUCGGUCCAUUGGCCUUCUGGGCGACUGCCGGAAUAACUUGCGGUUUCUUUAUUCUCUGCGUGCCCUGUGUCCCCAGGAUUCUGAAGGAUACAGGGGUACUCCGGAAGAUGAAAAGAGCGGUUGGUAUGAAGACAACGAACAGUUCCAAGCGGGAUGCGGGGACCGGCCCAUCGAGCAACCACAGCAGGUUGGCGGGAAGUACGAUCGACAACUCCUUCUACAAACUGGACAACCUGAAAUCGUCCGAGUCCACAGAGUAUCUACACGGCGGAGUACCCAAUGCAGGCAUCACGCGUACGACCCGCAUCGCUGUUAUGCAGGACUCUCGCUGUACGAAUGGGGACGACAAGUUCAUGUACCCGUAG